GGCCGGAAGUGCCGCACGCGCAUGCGCCGCGCUGCCGCCGCCGGGGGCCAUGUUGCUGCCGGCCGAGCUGCGCGACCGCCUGGGCGCGGCGCCGCCCCCCGCGCCCCGCCCGCCGCCGCCUCCCGCCGCGCCGCGCGCCCCGCCGCGCCCGCCCUUCGCCUUCGCCGCGCGCCGCCUCCGCCUGCGCCGCCACCACCCGCUCCUCGAGGAUGGAGACGUUCACAGACAUUUGUACCUCCAAGAUGUCCUUACGAGUGUCACGGAAGUGGCGGAAAGAUCCAAGGUGUCUGAAUUCUGUUGUCACAUCUCUGGGUGCUGCCAGGUCUUCGAUACCCUGGAAGGCUACGAGCACCACUACAACACGCUGCACAGGAACGUCUGCUCCUUCUGUAAGCGCUCCUUUCCAUCAGGGCAUCUCUUGGAUAUUCACAUCUUGGAGUGGCACGACUCGCUCUUCCAGAUAAUGGCAGAGAAACAGAACAUGUACAAAUGCUUGGUGGAAGGCUGCGCAGAGAAGUUCAAGAGCAGCAAAGACAGAAAGGAUCACUUGGUCACCAUUCACCUUUAUCCUGCUGACUUUCGAUUUGAUAGACCAAAAAAAAUUAAAAGCAUCACCAAGCAUGAGAGAUCUCCCAUGAAACAGGAUGCAGGUGUACCAAUGGAUGUGAGUGUGGAGACUUCGGAGCAAUUCCAAGCAGAUUCCAUGGAAAUAGGCCCCGGUGACAACAUGGACAUCCCUCAGCCUGCACCCAACACAGUCCCCUUGGUGCCUGAGAAACGACUCUAUAAAUCCAGGAUCCCAUCCACAAUUUGCUUUGGACAAGGCGCCACCCGAGGAUUUAAAGGCCCAAAGAAAAAAGUCUGAAGGUCAGCACAGCAGAUUUGCACAAGAUGAAAAGACGCCAGCGGUCGCGGCCAGCAAAAGUUAGUGACGGUGCUGUGGCCAAGUUAGAAUAUUUGCAGCUGUGUGCAAGGAUUCACUCCGUAAAGGAAAAGCGGGAAGGGGAGAAUGGGGAUUGUGCAGCCGCAGCAGUUUGGGUUACAAAAAUAUUUUGGGAGCUGCGUUGCUACAGUCCCUUCAUGUCUCUGUACCACAUUCCUUCAACAAGAUCUCAAGGCAGAGCCAUGCUUACAUUUAUCUGUCAUAAGAUGCAUCGCUCUCUUCUCUGAUCCUCCCUGAAAUCGAUCUACAAAUAAAUUUAUCUGCCUUUA